GAACGAGGGGCAGCCUGUCCGCUGGAAUCAUGUCCAACAUGGAGAAGCACCUAUUCAACUUGAAAUUUGCUGCUAAAGAACUGAAUCGAAAUGCCAAAAAGUGCGAGAAAGAGGAAAAAACAGAGAAGGCAAAAAUAAAAAAGGCAAUUCAAAAGGGUAACACCGAGAUAGCCAGAAUACACGCAGAGAAUGCCAUAAGGCAGAAGAAUCAAGGCAUUAAUUUCUUGAGAAUGAGUGCCAGAGUGGAUGCCGUUGCAGCAAGAGUUCAGACUGCUGUGACCAUGGGCAAUGUGACAAAAUCUAUGGCUGGAGUAGUAAAAUCAAUGGAUGCCACGUUGAAGAGUAUGAACCUGGAGAAGAUUUCUGCUUUGAUGGACAAAUUUGAAAACCAGUUUGAAACCCUAGAUGUUCAGACUCAACAGAUGGAAGAUUCAAUGAGUAACACUACUACAUUGACCACCCCACAGAAUCAAGUGGAUACUUUGUUACAUGAAAUGGCAGAUGAAGCUGGCUUGGAUCUAAAUAUGGAACUGCCUCAGGGUCAGACGGGAUCUGUUGGUACCAGUGUAGCAUCCGCAGAACAGGACGAACUAUCUCAAAGACUUGCACGCCUACGUGAUCAAGUGUAGCGAGCAAAAUGUUGUCUUCUUAAGUGCGUUUCCCCUGUAUAUACGUGGUACAUACCUGGAUGUUUGUGUAUUUUUUUUGUUUCCUGUCUGUGUCUUCAGAUCAAUAACAAAACAACUAGAUGCUUAUGUACUGGCUGCCUCUUGAUUCUUAAAUAUGUCUGAAACACUACGGAAACCUAAAAGCAAAUUGCCUUUGUGAUGCAGAAAUUGGAACACAAUACUUUGCUUUAAAUCUCCCACUCAACAAGAACAAAGCGUGAAUCUACAGUUACCUAUUCUUAUCUGUUCAAAGUUCCAAACUGCUAGAACAUAAACAUGCUUAAUUUCCAAAUACAUCAACCAUUUUCCUUAACACAUAUUUAUAAAACAGUCUAGAUUUUCACUGUAAUUAUUUUAUCAGAAAUAAAGAUUUUUGCCCUGGUUUAAAAAUCUAUGCAACAGUUUUGGACUGCUCUUGAAUGCCCAUGGUGAUAUUUUAAUAUGUGCGUUAAGAAUAAAGUGGGAUAGUGUGAGAGCUGUUUUUUUUUUAUGUGAUGUAUGUCUUCUGAAUAGUUGCAUACCAUGUUUACAGCUUAACAGAAUAAAUGGAAAAUGUUUCAGAGG